AUGACUGACGAGUCAAUAUCAAAGAAAUCUGGCUCAACAAAGAAACAUAUUAGACGUCGCCGUAAUAAUAAUAAAAAACCCUCUGCUGGUAUUGAGAAGAAUGAAUCUGAGAAAAAAGAAUCUGACAUAAAGUCAGCUGGCAUUAAUUCAGAGAAAAAAAAAAGUCUUAGCAGGAAAGAUAGGCUUGCUGAUAAGAAUGAAAAUAGAAAUUCAGAAGAUUCAAAAAAUAAAAUUGAUAAUAAAAACAUAAACGAUCCUAAAAAGCUUCAUGAAGACCACAAGAAUUCAAAUGAUAAAAAGAAAGCUACCGAUGCCAAAAAAACAACUGAGAAGAAGAAAAAAAUAGAAAAAAAGAAGCAGCAGACUACAGGAUCUUCCCCAGCGUCACUCCCACCUACUGCGCAAGCUACAACAAGCAGCCAAACAUCUUCUCCAAAUGCUAAAUCUAAACCCAAAAGAAAACGGAAGAAUAAAAAAAGUGCAAAUAAAUUGAAAGAUUUGGCAAAUAGACACAAACCACACGGAUUUAAAUUAGUUGUGAGACUUCUACCACCUAAUUUGACGGAAGAACAAUUCAUUGAAACUAUUGAACCUGCGCUUGGGAAAGAUUUCAAGGAAAAGUUUAACAUCUUCCAGAGUUAUUAUGUACAAGGUGAAUCCAAUUCAACACCAUUUCAUGGUCCAGUACAUUCAAGAGCAUAUUUCAUUUUGGAAAAUAUGGAAGAUUUGAAAAAACUUGGUGAAAUAAUCCAAAAAUUAGAAUUUAUUGAUGAUAAGGAUAAUUUAACUAGAGCAUCCUUACUAUUAUCCCCAUACGUGAAAGAUUUAGUAGAUGAAAGCUUAUUAAUUAAGAAACCAUCGAAAGCAAACUCUAAGGUUGGUGAAGGAACUUUACAAAAUGAUCCACUCUUUAAAACAUUUUUAAAGGCAACCAAAUUAAUGAAAGAAGAAAAAGAUCAUCAUUACGCAUACAAUGAUUUCAGUUUGUUCAAAUCUUUGGAAGAGGAAGAAUCAAGACAGUUGAAAAAUAAAAGGGUUAUAAAACUAAGAUCGAAAGAUGCAUUAGUUAGACUUGCGGGUGCUGAGAACCCUCUCACACCUAAUGCCACAGAGACUGAAACUGAUAAUAAACCAAAGAAAAAGAAGAAAAGAAAAUCAAAGAAAGAAAAACUUUCAGAAGACGUUUUACCAACAUCAACUCAAUUUAUAAAUUCACCAAAGAAAAGCAAAAAAAAGAAAGGAAAAGACCCUGUAGAAAAAAAUAACAAUAUUGUAAUUUUAGAAGAAGCUGGUAAAAGGGAGUUACAAAAACGGAAAAAAUUGGCAAAGAAAACUGAUCUUAAAAUGCUACCAGGGCUAUCAAUUGGUUUACCUUCUCCCAGUAAUUCCACUGCUUCUUCAAAUAAAUGGGCUUUAAAGUGA